AUGGACUUCUCCCUUAGUUACCAGUCUGGCUAUCUUCGAGACUGCAAUUACGGGUGCUACAAUGUUGCACAUGCUGGCUCCCAGCAGAAGAACCCUAUCUUCCAUCACUGGGAGAUGACUUCUCCAGGAUACAACUACCAUUUCUGCGUAGUUCACCGUGUCUUCCACUGCAUGGCUACCGCGUCAAAGAUUGACCAGCCAUGCUGUGGCGAGUGUGCUCCUGCAUACUACAGUGGAGUCCCCGAGGUAGCCUGGAUCAGACAGAAUGACUACCACUUCGCCUUCCAAAGUGUACAGUCCGGAUUUAUGCAGAUGAUGAUCUCUCUCAGUGAUCGAGGAGAUACUCGUGGCUACGUCUCAACAGGUGAUCAGCCAGACUUCCAACCCAGCAUCAUGUUCGUCUUUCCCUCCGACGCGCUUGAACAUGGCUCGGCACUCGAGGCCAUCCCACGACAGUCCGCCAGCUACACAGGGCUCGGUUCUGUCACCAUGGCCCACCGACGUCAGCGCGGCUUGAUUCUUCUGAGAUUUACUGACUACGAUGGCUUGACUGGCUGGAUGCUCUGUGGCCGCAACAUGACUCGGGAAUCGUUUGCGCACCUGGUCGAGGCCGAGCACAACGGCGAUGUCGUCAUGAAAUCUGCUCGGCUCUGGGCUUGCCAGCAGCUGGGCGGCCCUAUGCUUCAGGAUAUUCGCUGGGUGGUUUGGACCAUUUACAUGAUUUCCAGCAAGGCCCUGGCAAACCCCCUCCCAACUGAAAGAGAAUUCUGGUUCUGGCGCGCCUGGCUUUGGUAUUGGUAUUCCAAAGUUAACGAGCUCGCGGAAAUUUACCAUACGACCAUCUCCAGCCCGGAAGAGGACUGGUUCAACCGGUCCCCAUCCGACAAUCACCCUGUUCCUCAUCCUUCCAACGAUGAGGCUGAAGUCUCUGCUGAGCGACAUGACACUCCUGCGCCGCCUUACCAGGUCGACGCACCGGAUGUGUUCUUUGUGUCUGAUGAAGAGAACGAGGACAAUGCUGACUCCGCUGACCACCUCAAGCAUUCUGAGUCGCCUUCUACCGACUUGUGGUCUACCGAGUCGUCCUCCACCGAGACUUCGUCUUCUGGAGUUCCUUCUUCUGAGACUGCCGUCCACGACUCCUCCCUCUUAAUGACGGGGCUCGCUACCACUCUGGCUUCCAUCGAUGAGGAUGAGGAUGCUGAAGCCGAUGGCGAUCAGUAG